AUGCCUGAUAGGAGGGGAUAUACUGAUGCAUUUGUACAAGGAGUAGAUGAUUUUGUGUCCUAUGCAUGUCAAGAAACGAAUGUGUCAAAUGGGAAAAUAAGAUGUCCUUGUUCUAAGUGCAAAAAUUUGAAAUUCUUCCAUUUUGAAGAAGUUAAAGUUCAUCUUUACAAAAACAGAUUCAUGCCUGAAUAUUGGUAUCGGACAUGUCAUGGAGAAAGUGACCCAACUAUUUGCGUAGAUACUAGUCCUACUAUAUCUAGCUCACAAGAGAGACACCUCAAUAAAUAUAAGAGCAUGGUUUAUGAUGUUGUUGGUUUAGAGUAUGAAAUGGAUCAUGAUCAAGAAAUAGAUGAAUCUCCAAAUAUGGAUGAGUCUCCAAAUAUAGAAGCCCAAAAAUUUUAUGAAUUAUUAGAUGCGGCCCAAAAACCAUUAUGGCCUGGAUGUAAUAAUCACACUGAAUUAUCUUUUGUUGUCAGAUUCUUGACAAUUAAAUCAGAGGGAAACAUGUCUCAUAGAUCAUGUGAUCAGACAUUAGCUCUUAUCAAAGAGACCCAUCCUACAGAUAAUAUUAUUCCUAAAGAUUUCUACAGGGUCAAAAAAAUAGUCUCAAAACUUGGUUUAACUGCAAAAAAAAUUGACUGUUGUGUUGAUGGUUGUAUGUUAUUUUACACUAUGGAAGAUAUGCCAUUGAAAGAAUGCAAAUUUUGUCAUAAACCACGUUUUCAAAUGAAAGGUGUUGGUAGGGGUAAAUACAAAGAGGUUCCUUUUAAGAGAAUGCAUUAUUUGCCUCUUAUUCCUAGGUUUAAGAGAUUAUAUGCCUCUAUGAGUUCUGCUCCACAUAUGAGGUGGCAUUAUGAAAAUAGAAAAGAACCUGUGGUGUUGUGUCAUCCGUCUGAUGGUGAAGCUUGGAAACAUUUUGAUAAAAUGUAUCCUGAAUUUGCAUCUGAACCAAGAAACGUGAGGUUAGCUUUAUCUUCUGAUGGGUUUUCACCUUUCUAUAACUCGACUCCACCUUAUUCUUGUUGGCCGAUAAUUGUCACUCCUUAUAAUCUUCCUCCAGAGUUAUGCAUGGCAACUCCCUUUAUGUUUUUGACAUUGAUCAUCCCUGGGCCACAUAGUCCGAAAGGUAAAAUAGAUGUGUAUUUGCAACCAUUGAUUGACGAGUUAAAACAAUUAUGGACUGGAGUGUUGACAUAUGAUAUUUCGAAAAAAGAAAAUUUUAUCAUGAAAGCUGCCUUAAUGUGGACUAUUAGUGAUUUUCCUGCAUAUGGAAUGUUGUCGGGUUGGAGUACAUCGGGGAGAUUAGCAUGUCCAUAUUGUAUGAACCAAUCAAAGGCUUUUAAAUUGAAAAAUGGUAGAAAAUUUUCUUGGUUUGAUUCCCAUCGUCAAUUUUUGCCUAUGGACCAUUCAUUUAGAAGAAGUAAGGAUGCAUUUUAUAAAAAUCGAAUUGAAAAGUCUCAACCUCCACACCUUUUGUCUGGGAAUGAAUUAUGGGAACAAAUUUGUCUUUUUCCAAAAGUCACUGAAGUCAGUCCUUGUGUAUGUGAUGAACAUGGUGAGUCUCAUAAUUGGACAAAACAAAGCAUCUUUUGGGAGUUGCCUUAUUGGAAAACCAAUUUGAUAAGACAUAAUCUUGAUGUAAUGCAUAUAGAGAAAAAUGUAUUUGAUAAUGUCUUUAACACUGUUAUGGAUAUAAAAAAUAAGACCAAAGAUAAUGUUAAGGCAAGAAUAGACUUGAAGGAGUAUUGUAAACGAAGGGACCUAGAACUACAUAUUCUGCCUAGUGGAAAAGUAUUAAAGCCUAAAGCAAAGUUUGUUUUGUCCAACGAACAAAGAAGUUUUGUUUACAAGUGGAUUAGUGAGUUAAAAAUUCCAUAUGGGUAUGCCUCAAAUUUGUGUAGGUGUGUAAACCUAAAUCAGAGGAAGUUGUUUGGGAUGAAAACUCAUGAUUGCCAUGUAUUAAUGGAGAUGCUAUUACCUAUUGUUUUUCGUGCACUUCCCCAUCAAGUGUGGAAUCCUAUAGCUGAAUUAAGUAAGUUUUUUAAGGAUUUGUGCUCUACAAUAUUCAGAGUGGAUGAUUUGUUAUUAAUGGAAAAGAACAUCAUCAUUACAACAUGUAAGUUGGAACGAAUCUUUCCACCUAGAUUUUUCAAUUCCAUGGAGCAUCUACCUAUUCAUUUACCUUAUGAAGCAAGAGUAGGAGGUCUUGUUCAAUUACGAUGGAUGUAUCCAUUUGAGAGAUACUUUGUGCAAUAUUUGGAAGCAUCUAUUCCAAAUAUAAAUCGAACUGAUAUUGAUAGGAGAAUUGCGUCCGAAUUUCCAUUUUGGUUUCGAACAUAUUUACCUUAUCCUGAAAAAAUAAAAGAAAAGGUUGAUUGGUGGGUUGUCAUUAAAACCAAACCAAGAUGUACAGUUGAUGAUCGAUAUACAUUAGAAGUUGCUUACCAAGAAUCAACAACUAAUGUUAAUAUCACAACAAAUGAGGAGCUACUUGUUCAUUUGGUUGAUGGAGAAGAGUAUGAGGAACUAGAUGAAGUAGAUAUGGCAGUUGUUGAUAAUUCAAAAGAAAGUAAGCAAAUUGAAGAGGAAGAAGAGGAAGAAGAGGAAGAAGAAAUUGUUUCUCAAAGUGAAUUUGAGUAUGAUUCUGAAGAUGAUGAAACUCAAAAUAAACUUGAUGAUGAAUUUAAUGGUAGCAAUGAUGAUAGUGAUGAGUAA